AUGGACCUGCGCUUCAGCUCCGACCUGGACCCAGGUCUGGACCGGGGUCUGUUCAAGUCCAAGGAGCCCAAGAGCCUGAAGAGCCCAAGCCUGGACCGGGUCCACGACAGGGGCCUGGACCGGGGUCUAGACCAGGACCGGGCUCAGGAUUCGGGUCUGGACUCAGGAGACCACCGCAGCAGCAGCUCCGUGGACCCGGAUUACUGCAGACGAAUCCUGGUGCGAGACGCCAAAGGCUCCAUCCGAGAGAUCAUCCUGCCCAAAGGUCUGGACCUGGACCGACCCAAACGCACGCGCACCUCCUUCACGGCCGAGCAGCUGUACCGGCUGGAGCUGGAGUUCCAGAGGUGUCAGUAUGUGGUGGGACGGGAGCGCACCGAGCUGGCCAGGCAACUCAACCUGUCUGAGACCCAGGUGAGAGACCAGACCCUGCCCAAGACCCAGGUGAAGGUGUGGUUCCAGAAUCGCAGGACGAAGCAGAAGAAGGACCAGGGUAAGGACUCUGACCUGCGCUCGGUGUCUGAGAGCGCAGCCACCUGCAGCGUGUUGCGUCUGCUGGAGCAGGGCCGGCUCCUCCCCCCUCUCCCCCCCUCCCUCCCCCCGCACGGCCCAGGACUACCCCCCCUGCUCCCCCAUGCCAUGAGCUCUGCGCUCCGGCUGCAUUCGGACUCUUCCUCAGGCUCCAGUCCUCCGCCGCGGCCUGGCUCGGCUCAGGCCACGCCACCCUCUCUGUUCGGGUUCCCCUCGCUGCUUGGGGGCGUGGCCUCCAGAGUCUCCGCCCCUCUGUCGCUGGCGGGAAACUUGCACGAGCUUUCAGCACGCUACCUCAGCGCGUCUGCGUUUGAGCCGUACUCUCGAAGGGAAGGAAAGGAGGAGACAAGGAAGCAGGACUGA